AUGGACCUAGACUUAAACCAGUUAGCGGCUGCGGCUGAUGCUGUACUGGAGCGGCAGCAGCUGCACGCCGUUACACCAGCGGUUCCAUCUUCCCCUACUCCUAGCGAUAGGGAUAAGGAAAUCGAAACGUUGCGCGCUACGAUCGCACAACUAUCAAUGAAAGAACGCCAGAGCAGACAGCCGAUUACCCUCGAUGACCUACAACGACAGAUGACGGAACUCCGGGACAGUCAUGAGGGGUCGCAGCAUGACCCGGUCAACUUCACGAGGCCGAAGAUCACCGUCGCGCAGUCGCACAAACAGCCCCGCGUUAGACGCGGACGGCAUCUGUUGGUACCACCGUGA